AUGACAAGUGACUCCCCACCUGGCAUUCUCAACAAUUCUCCCCCCAGUUCCUCUCCGCACAGCUCCCUUACCAGGCAGCGCGACGGCUAUUUCCAGUGCGGUUCCUGCGAAAAAAGAUACAAUCGAGCUGACCAUCUAAUCCGUCAUGUCCGAUCGCAUACCCGCGAGAAGCCAUAUGUAUGCGACAUUUGCAAUAAAGGCUUCGCCAGGCCGGACCUGAUGAAGCGGCACGCGGCCGGUCAUAUCCACCAACGCGACAGCAAACGAAGGCGUCUCCCCCCAUAUCCCAAGAAUGGUCGUGUGUCGCAGGCCUGUAAGACCUGCGCUGUAUCGAAACUGAAGUGUGACGAGGAGAAGCCUUGUCGCCGAUGUCGGGAGAAGAAUCUGGUCUGCGAUUGGGCCCAGGAUGGCAGUUCGAUCGACGCAUCCCCUCAAUCACAACGGCAAGGAUCCCAGAGUAACCAGGCAACGCCAUAUCUCCCUGUCGACCCAUCACAGGUGCACACCACAUUCCCACCCCCGAUCGACAGGCAAAUAAACCACUAUCCGAACCAGAUGGUCAGUCCAAAUGCGCAGAUGCAGAUGAACGACUACCUACCCACGGGGCAGUUUAGUUCUGCGCGAACCGGAGGCAUGCCGGUGGAUUACGAAGAUCAAUCCGGGUCGCCUAUGAUGGACCGCGAAAGUGGCGUGUUCAGUGUCGACGGCACCUUCUUUCCUAACUUUAUCCCAGACUCACUGAUACCCUCAUUGGCCCGAACGAGUGAUCUGGACCCGCCCCCUGUCCUUCCACAGGACUACAUCCACAGUGUAUUUGACCACAAUGUUGACUUCGACUUCGACUUGACCGACGUGGAUUACGGACUCAUCGACUUUUUCAACUCUCGGGGCACCGUCUAUCAUAAUGCCCACAAUACCGACGGAGCCAACGAUCGUGGUGAUGCGGACAGCGGCAUCGCCAUCGGUGCCGAGGCAUAUCAUCGGUCAUCCUUGUCUGCGUGGAAACCGGCUCACGAAGAUCAUGCGUUUGCCGACCAGGAAAAUCUGUCUGUUCCAGAAGCCAUUGACAGCCCCGAGGCCAAUUUCAGACCGGACCGUCAGAUUCUCUCGGAGCGGCUGUCCCCCAGUGGUCGCGAUCUUAUUUUUGGCAUGGUUCUGCAGACCAGCCAGCGAGCCAAUCUAACUCGCAUCAUGAAAUCCUUUCCGAAUACACAGCUGCUGGACAGUUUGAUCCAAUACUAUUUCGAGUCCCAAAGUUACCAGAUAGACUCCUGGAUCCACGGGCCGACCUUUCAGAUGAAUGACGAGCCCCCUGACAUGCUGGCCGCUCUCGCCGCUGCUGGAGCCGCUCGAUCAACCAUUCCAACGAUUCGUAGGUUAGGUUAUGCCUUGAUGGAAAUAGUGCGCCUCCAGAUGUCGGUCAAGUACGAGAGCGACAAUAGCACCACGCGCGAUCUGCGCGCCUCGCAAACCUUUGCCUUGACCAUCGAUGCCGGAAUAUGGAGUGGCAACGGACGGAGGACGGAGAUUGCGGAAAGCUUCCAGCAGCCUUUGGUCACGAUGCUGCGACGCGGCUUACGCUUUCGACGCUCGGUCUAUUCGAACCUUGCCCCGAACCCCGACGACGAUGGAGAGAUUCUGGAGAAAAAGUGGCAGGAUUGGGCUCAUUCCGAAUCAUUCAACAGACUCGUUCAUCACAUGUUUCUGCAUGAUGCCCAGUCGGCGAUGAUGUUGAACGUAAACCCAAUAAUCUCGUACUCCGAGCUGGAACUUCCUCUGCCUGCUAGGCGCUCUUUGUGGGAAGCCAAAUCGGCCAAAGAGUGGAAGGAUGUCUACUUGGCCGGUGGACUGUCCAACCCUGGACGAACCCCCUCGUUGGUUGAUACUCUGCAAGACAUGUCCCAGUUGUCGGCAUUCCAAUCACGAAUCGAUCUUCAACUGUCAACCUUGGUACUCAUCCACGGACUCUCUACGUUGAUCAGCGAAUACCAUCGUCACAAAUUCAUAUCAAAAGGCCAUUCCAAACAUUGGAAUGCUUUGGUGAUCAAUUCACGACAUCAAGAGUUGUCGCAAGCACUACAACAUCUGCGCAUGCUUUGUUUCGAGAUGUCUAGCGCCCUCGGGCCCGGCAUUGUUUUGGUCUUUGAGCUCAUUUCUAUGUUCCUCCACAUGUCGCUGGAGGAACUGCAGCUGUUCGCAGGCAAGGAGGAUAAAAACGAAGCCCGACGAGUGUAUCAAAGCGCGCUCGAGUGGAUCAGCAGUAUUGACUCACGACGGGCGAUUUGGCACGCCGGUCAAGUGAUACGGGCGGCCAAAGUCAUGCCUCCGGGGUCUUUGACUGGGUUCUUUGCUUUGGGAGUCUACUACGCCAGUCUCGCGUUUUGGUCCUACAGUGUUGUAUCGAAAGCCAAGGAUUCUCAAGCGGUCGUCGGCAGUCCGCCAUCGGACCCGCACUUUCGCGGUCCAUGGCCGACAGUCUAUCUGGACGGUGAAGAAACGACCGAUGUGCAAAAGUUCAUCUCGUUAGGGUGCGGCUGUCCGGCCUUGCAGACUCCCAGUGGUGCCGCUGUCAUCGCCGAUCCCGGUCAGAUCAUGGAUGCAGUUCAAGCUCGUCUGCGAGGCGACACUCCCCAUGAUAAUCUACCUCCAUUGGUCCAGGGUCUCUGUCAGUUGAUGUGCGACUUGGGCAACGCAGCGCGAUCCAAGGCGGUUCUUAAUGCCGGCCUUUUCCCCUCUGACAAGUUUCUUUUCGAGUUCUCGAGGUCCUGUGCCGGUGAAAAUCUGGAAAUGAACAUGGCGACGCACGAAUCCCCCGAAAAACCUGCGCCAGAUGCCGUUGAAUCGCGAGUCCAGACUGACCUCCCCGUUGAACGAUUCGGAGGUAGCGGUAGUCCUGGCGUCAGGCGGAUCGAGGUGAUCUCAUCGCAGUUCAGUCUGGUCCAUCGCAUUUUCUUCUUCUUCGGUGUCUUCCUCAUCGCCUAUGUCUACGGUUUGGAUGGAACAAUUCGGUAUACUUAUCAGCCUCUGGCGACUGCCAAUUAUGAUUCGCACAGUCUGCUGGCGACGGUCAAUGUUCUUCGUGCGGUGAUUGCUGCGGCUGCUCAGCCUACCGCGGCUAAAAUUGCAGAUGUCUUUGGAAGAGUGGAGCUCAUCCUGCUCUCGAUUGUUUUCUAUAUUAUAGGCACGAUCGUUGAGGCAGCGUCCAACAACUUGUCCGCUUUCUGUGCUGGUGCUGUGCUUUAUCAGAUCGGAUAUACAUCGAUCAUCUUGUUGGUGGAGGUUCUGAUUGCCGACGUUACAUCCACGCGGUCUCGACUGCUUUUCUCGUAUAUUCCUGCAUUGCCGUUCAUUAUUAAUACCUGGAUCAGCGGCAACGUCACGUCCGCCGUCCUGAAAGUCACUUCGUGGAGAUGGGGUAUCGGGAUGUUCGCCAUCAUCUACCCCGUCUGCACGAUCCCCUUGCUCGUGGUCCUCUUCAUGGGCCACUUUAAGGCUAGGCGGUCCAACCCUGACGCCUAUCGGUUCUCGCUCUUGGACCAGGGAUUCGGCCAACUUGUCAUCGACCUGUUCUGGUACUUAGAUGUGGUUGGCAUUCUGCUCUUGAUUGCCUUCCUGGCUCUGAUCCUCGUUCCGUUCACGAUUGCUGGAGGUGUCCAGACCCAGUGGAAGACGGCCAAAGUUAUUGCCCCUCUUGUCAUUGGAGUGCUGUGCAUCCCAGCCUUCAUAAUGUGGGAGCGGUGGUGUCCGCAUCCGAUGGUUCCUUUCAAGUUACUGAAAGAUCGAGCGGUUUGGGGUGCGUUGGGAAUUGCUAUCAUGCUCACCACUGCCUGGACCCUGCAAGGGGAUUAUCUCUAUACUGUCCUCGUUGUGAGCUUUAACGAGAGUAUAAUGAGUGCCACGCGCAUUACCUCGCUUUACAGCUUUGUCUCUGUCAUUACAGGAACUAUUCUCGGGUUGGUGGUCCUAUAUGUGAGACGCCUCAAGCCGUUCAUCGUCGCGGGCACUUUUCUCUUCAUGGCGGCUUUUGGUAUCCUGAUCCGAUUCCGGGGAGGCACAGACGGCUCCAAUCAUUCAGGGAUCAUCGGUGGACAGAUCCUCCUUGGUGUUGCCGGUGGUCUGUUCCCUUACCCAGCUCAGGCCAGCAUUCAAGCCGCGUCCAAGCACCAGCACCUUGCCGUCAUAACUGGCAUAUUCCUCGCCUCGUACAACGUCGGCAGCGCCAUUGGGAACACCAUCUCCGGCGCCAUCUGGACCCAGGUCCUCCCUGGCGAGCUGGAGAACCGACUUGGCAAUGCGACACUGGCCGGAGAGGUCUACGCCGAUCCAUUCACCUUUGCCACCGCAAACCCCGUCGGCACCCCCGACCGGGACGCCGUCGUGUUGGCCUACAAGCAUGCGCAGAGGCUGCUGUGUAUCACGGGUAUCUGUCUGACUGUGCCCUUGAUCGCCUUCUCGCUCUGUAUCCGCAACCCGCGUCUGACGAAGGAACAGAGCCUGGAGAAGGCAGAGGAGAGCGACGAUAACUGA